GGAGGGAAGAGGAGCUCGGCAGCCACCACAGAGGAAACGGAAGAGACGCAAGACUGAGAAGUUUUUGGAAAUCUUUGAGACUGUGAACAAUCUUCUGCUUACUCCUGGCUCUAUACAUCUAUCUGGUGUUUUCUUUUGGCAAGUUCACCAUCCCCUGGGAAGAGAAAAGUCACGAGAAGAUAAGGACAUGUCCCCCCAGCUGCCAUCGGUGAGAAAGGGCUAUUCAGAGUUCCUCAAGAGCUUCUUUGCAGUGACCAGGAUCUUGCAGAUUCUACUGGGUGCUGUGCUGUGGGCCACCAUCGCAGCUAAUAAGUAUGAGGGUUCCAUCCACUUUGUACUCUUUGUGGCUGUUUUCUUCUGGCUCCUCACAAUGGCACUCUUCUUCUUAACGUUGCUGGGUAAGCAGGACCUGGUCCCCCUGGUGGGUGGUGAGCGCUGGCUGACCACUAAUGCCGUGCAUGACCUGGUGGCCACAUUGCUCUACCUGGCAGCCACUGGCGUGAUGGCUGACAAGACAAAGGAGAAGGUCUUCUGUACGCUGGAACAUUACAAACACCCCUGCCCUUACAAUGUGUACCUCACAGCUUCCAUCUUCUGUGGCCUUUGUACAGCUGCUUAUCUGGUUUCAGCUGUGUACAACUCCUGCAGAAAGUGCCGGGGCGAACAGACUGUGGUCUGAGCUUCUAAAACAAGCAGGCAAGAUGGGGGAGGGGGCCAGCUUGCCUUCCUCAUAAGCUAAUGCCAAGCAGGGAAAGGAAGAAGGAGACUGUGUGGAGCUGCUCACGGCUGAUACUUGGAGAAAGAGAUGGACUUUUCUUACUAAACACAAAGCUUUACAAGGCAGAGUGUACAGGUUUGUUCAUAUUUGUUUCAGUGAUAUUUAAUUGCAUUAUCAACUUCUGCCUCAAAUCCAUAUAU